AAAAAAAAAAAUGCAAUGUGUCAGACCAAUUCAGACCAUUUCACCGAAGCACAUCUGAACUGCAGUGCCUGCUACUAGUCUGUCGACAAAAGAAGCUUUGCCACAGGCUGGGACAUGAAUAACUCAACAGAUUACUGGAUGGGGGACGAGGAGGAUGAUCUCAACUCCAUAAUAGAUUACAAUACAUAUGAGCUUCUCUGUGAAAAAAGUGACGUGAGAAAUUUCAGUAAAGUAUUCCUUCCUGUAUUCUAUGCAUUGGCUUUCACUGUUGGAGUUGCUGGAAAUUCAUUAGUGGUCGCAAUUUAUGCCUGUUGCAAGAAACCGAAGACUAAGACGGAUGUGUACAUCAUGCACCUCGCCAUUGCUGAUUUGCUCUUGCUCUUUACGCUCCCUUUCUGGGCUGCAAAUGCAGUGCAGGGAUGGGAACUUGGAAAUUCAAUGUGCAAGCUCACAUCUUCUCUGUACACCAUGAAUUUCAGCUCUGGCAUGCUGUUCCUGGCCUGUAUCAGUGUGGAUAGAUACAGGGCCACUUCUGAAUCCCGGGGUCACAGAAGCAUUAGUAAACACUGCAGUGUUACCUGCCUCUGUGUCUGGCUGUCUGCUGUUUUCCUCAGUAUCCCUGAACUGGUAUUUAAUCAAGUUAAAAAACACAAUGAAAGGAAUGAAUGCCUUCCCAUAUUUCCAAUGAACAUGGAAACACUCCUAAAAGCAAUCAUUCAAAUCUUGGAAAUUAUCCUGGAAUUUUUGCUUCCUUUCCUGGUCAUGCUGAUCUGCUAUUCAGCCACUGCUCGAGCAAUUUUUAGAUCUGCAAAUGCUAAAAAAUCGAGACCUUUUGCAGUUCUGCUGGCAGUAGUGGCUACUUUCAUUAUCACCCAGCUACCUUACAACAUUGUUAAGUUCUGGCGAGCCAUAGAUAUCAUCUACAUGUUGAUUACUGACUGUGAUGCAAGCAAAACCAUAGACGUCGCACUUCAGGUCACCAGGAGCAUAGCUUUGUUUCACACCUGCCUGAACCCUCUUCUCUACACCCUUCUGGGUGCCUCUUUUAAAAUGCAUAUUAUGAAAAUAGCAAAAAACUAUGGGUACUGGAGAAGACGACAACGACAGAAUGAGAGACCUGAAGAAAUUUCUAUGAAUUAUGAAGACCAUACAGAAGAAACAAUUAGUUUCACUAUAUAGACUCUCUAUUACUUUCAUUAUUUUAUAUAACCAAGGGAAUUAUUUACUAAUUUUGGGGGUGUUGUUUCAGUAGCUGUUCGUCUGCAAGUCAACUUUCUGAUUAACUUUUGAACCUACAGACUAGCCAAGACACUACAGUGCAGUUCCAAGUGGAACAUCUUUAUCAAAAUUAAGUAUCAGGCAAGAACCAAAUACUGAAAUUCCUAGAAACAACUGAAGAUAUUUACUGGGAAAAAAAAAGCCAAAGAACCAAAUCCAAAACACCCACAACAAAACCCAAACACCUAAAAACUUCUUAUGAUUGCAAUUUAAAAGAGCCACAGUAUUAGGCACUUAAACAGUUGUGUAAUGAACAAUCUGUACAUGUCUAAACAUAUAAUUAAUACAGAAGAAGAAAACAUCAACCAUAAAGCAGUAGUACAGAAAUUUCUGUACCAAAAGUUAUUAAUUUUGUGUUUCUCCAACUGUUUUGUAAAACCUUAGAACAUUUGCCUAAUAAGUCAGUUUCUUUUUUUUUUCUUCAGCUAUCAUUCCGUAGAUACACUUGCAGCUUGAAAUGAGGCAGCAGUCGGUGGCUGAGAAUUAAGAGACAGAGAGGGGGCAAGAAGGCCAUUAUCCAUUUGUUCCACAGAUGUAUAGCAACAACAACAUCCUCCAAAAAAACCAGUAACUCCUUCUCUGUAAUUACCAAAAAUGACAUUUAACCUCUCCUUUUCUGCUCACUCUAAACUUCAAGAAGCGCAGUGCCCUAUGAGAGGCACAUUCUAGAACUCUGUAAAUGUCAUGUCAAAUGUAAAUGCCGAAGCAGUGCAAAGUAUUAGCAGAAAUGUAAGAAAAGUUAAGUUAAUCUUCAGACACGGGGCCUGGAAUGUCUAGUCACAACUUGUAAAAUGAGUCAAACACUGCAAUAACCCUAUCAACUAAAACAUAUGGCGAUUCAAUAAAAUCAAAGAAUACCAAAAGUGCACUGGCUGUCAUUUAUUCAUAUCUUUAUGUUUGUUUUGGUUUAGUAGGUAUUGCUAUCUCUCAUCAUAAGGUACUUCUCAAACAGCAAAGGCUAAUGGCCUUGCUCGAUGAAGGAGAGAGGUUCUGACUCUAUACGGAGCUCAUCGCUGGUGGGAUUUA